UCCUCAAUAAUUGAACAUUACAGUCUGAUGACAUUGCUUCUUUUUGUGAUUUGCAUUUGGCCUCUUCAGCUUCUUGAAUCCUUCAAUGGCGUCUUUUAAGUCGUCCCCAUCUUCAUCAUCGUCUUUACCAACUUUAAGAUGGACAUAUGAUGCGUUCCUAAGCUUUAGAGGUGAAGAUACUCGCAACAACUUUAUAGAUCAUCUUUAUGCUGCUCUAGAUCAAAGAGGACUACAUGUGUUCAAAGACGAUAAGGCGCUUCAUAAAGGGAAAGCAAUCUCUCAAGACCUGCUGGAAGCCAUUAAAGAAUCGAGGUUUGCUGUGGUUGUUUUCUCUAAAAAUUAUGCCGGCUCCUCAUGGUGUUUGGAUGAACUUGUAAAAAUCAUGGAAUGCAAAGAUCAGAUGGGACUGAUGGUGUUACCGGUGUUCUAUCACAUUGACCCAUCUGAUGUACGCCAACAGAAAAGAGACUUCGAUACUGCUUUUCAGCAACACGAUGACAAGUUUAAGAGAGAGAUGGAUCAAGUGAACAGGUGGAGGAAAGCUUUAGCUGCAGCUGCGAGUUUAUCAGGCUGGCAUGUCAAGGAAACAGGCAGUGGGGGCGAAUCAUCUGUCAUCACAGAGAUUGUUGAGGAGAUCUUAUAUGGUACAAAAUCUCAUGGCAUGGAGAAAAAGCUAAUUGGUAUCGAGUCUCAUAUAAAUGAAUUAUAUUCAUUAUUGGGUAUGGAAAUGACAGAAGAGGUGCACUUUGUAGGGAUAUUGGGAAUGGGAGGAAUUGGUAAGACAACUAUUGCUAAAGCUUUAUUUCGAAGAAUUGCCCAUAAUUUUGAGUGUAGUAGCUUUGUUAGAGAUGUUAGAGAAAAUAGUUCUAGUAAAAGAGAUAUAUGUGCCUUACAAGAAAGGGUUCUAAGUGAAAUUCUAAACACAAGUCAGCGAUUUUUUGUUAAUGAUCCUGAGGAUGGAGCCUACAUGAUACAUCAACGAUUUUGCAAAAAUAAGGUUCUUCUAGUUCUUGAUGACGUGGAUGAUGUUGAGCAAUUAAAGUUCCUAAGUGCAAGUCGACGUCAUUGGUUUGGUCCUGGAAGUAGAAUCAUCAUAACCACUAGAGACGAGCAUUUGCUAUCAGGUGCAAAUGCCAAGUACAAACCGGAUUUUUUACAUAUGAAUGAAGCUAUUGAGCUCUUCUGUUUGCAUGCUUUUCGGAAAAAUAGCCCUCCAAAAGGUUAUGAGGAGCUCUCAUAUCGUGCAAUAAACUAUGCUAGCGGCCUUCCUCUAGCCCUAGAAGUUUUAGGUGCAUUCUUCCAUGGAAGAGAGGUAUGUGUUUGGGAAAGUGCUUUAGAUAAACUAGCCGAAAUAUCGGAUGAUAAGAUUCUUGACAUACUAAAGUUAAGUUAUGAUGGGCUAGAUGUUUAUGAGAAAAAAGUAUUCCUAGACAUUGCAUGUUUUUUCAAGGGAAAAGACAAGGAACAUGUAAGUAGAGUACUCGAUAGCUUUGGUUUUCACGCGAAAAUCGGGAUUAAAGUUCUAGAAGAAAAAUCUCUUAUAACCAUUUCAAAUAAAAGGCUAGACAUGCAUGAUCUCAUACAGGCAAUGGGUUGGCAAAUAGUUCGUGAGAGAUUCAUGGAUAGCAGACUAUGGCAACUUGAACAAAUCCAUGAUUUGGCCAAGGGAAAGAAGAAUCCAGAAGCAAUUGAAGCCAUAAUGUUGAUGGACAAUGAAUACCUUAUCGAAGACUAUGAUACAAAGUUGGGUUUAAGUGCUGAUGUUUUUGAACGCAUGAAAAAUCUUCGGCUACUUGAUAUUGAUGGGAAAUUCACUUCUACCCAACCUACAUUUCUCCCUGAUGAGUUGCGAUGGCUUCAUUGGAAUGAUUACCCAUUCUUGUUUCUGCCAUUGGGGGAUAUGUGUAAGCUUGUUGGGCUUAAAAUGGAACAUGGAUCAGACAUCAAACAUUUAUGGGAAGGCCGAAAGAUUCUACCAAACUUGAAAUUCAUUCACCUCGAAAGCUUGUGCAAACUCACAUCAUUUCCAGAUGUCUCUGGGGCCCCAAAUAUCAAGAGGUUAAUUUUCUCAAAAUGUUGGGGAUUGGAGGAGGUUCAUGAGUCUCUUGGAUCUCAUAGAGGGUUGGUUUACUUGGACAUGAAUGGUUGUAGUCGAGUCAAGCAUCUCCCAUCAAGGCUUGAGAUGGAAUCCUUGGAGACUCUAAUUCUCUCAGGAUGUGAGAGUCUUGAAAGAUUCCCAGAAGUCUCCCCAUGUAUGACUAAACUAUCACAAAUAAAUCUUUAUUCUUGUUCUAGAAUAAAGGAAUUGCCUUCAUCAAUAAGAUAUUUGUCUAGCCUAAACCUCUUGAAUCUCACAAACUGUUGGAAGCUUAAGAGCAUACCAGACUCUAUUUGUGAGUUAAAGGAUCUUAAGUGUCUUCAUCUUCACAACUGCAAGGAACUGAAUUUUUUUCCUAAGAGGCUUGGAAGCAUGAAAAUAUUAGAAGAGCUUUUACUAGGUUUUACGUGUGAUACGGGAAGCCCACAAAAGUCUGUUGGUUUUAAAUUUUUUACAGGUCUGUCUUCCUUGAAAAAAUUAGACCUCAGCUGGAGACGUAUUCAUGAAAAAAGCUUUCCCAAAAACCUUGAUGCAUUUUCCUCCUUGGAAGAACUAUAUUUAAGUGGCAACCAUAAAUUAGUUGAGUUACCUGCAAGCAUCUGCCAUCUUUCUCGUCUUAGACGCCUAGAAUUGAAUAACUGCAGCCAACUUGAAAGUUUGUGUGCGCUUCCGUCAAGUAUACAAGUAUUGAAGGCAAAUGAUUGUAUCUCCUUGAAAAAGAUUGGAGAUGUAUUAAAAGAUAGCGAAUGGUUAUAUAAGAUAUGGCUAACUAAUUGCCAUAAAUUACUAGAAGACGAAGAGAAUCAAAGAUACCUUGAUAAGAUGUUGCAACUAUCUUUCAUUAAGAGUUGUGCUGCUGUAAAUCAUCGUUUAAGUAUAUCUAUUCCUGGAAGCAAGAUCCCAAGUUGGUUCAAAGAAAAAAAGGAUGGGUGCAGAAUAGGAUUAAAGUUACCUCACAAAUGGCAUACUAAAAUCAUGGGUUUCCUGGUAGGUGGUGUGUUUUCUAAAUGGGGUUGGGGAUAUGUUUGUCCUCGCAUCAUCUUCAAACUUGUAAAUGAUGGAAAUAUUAUUCUUAAGUCAGAGGUUAACCAUAUCAAGGCAAUAGAAACAACUGAGAAUGGGGGGAAUGUAUGGAUUAGCUAUAUGCCGUUAGGUUUCUUUCAGAAGAUGUAUCAUGAUCUUCAACCUCAAGAUUGGUCUCAUAUCCAAGAUAAUCUUAAGAUGACUAUAAGCUUGACAGAUGGCACACAAUCUGUAGCAAUUGGGGCACAUGUUAUCUACAAAGAAAACGUCCAACAACUUAAAACUUCUUUCUCUGAUUAUGGGAACAUGGUGCACGUUGAUGAUGAGGAUCUUAGAUAUGAUGAACUUAUCUCUGGCAACACAUAUGUGUAUGAAGAUAAGUUUGAUGAGGAGGCUUUGAUGCCUUUAAGAAGUAGAACCUCAGCAAGGUGUAACAAGAGGAACCUACAUUGUGUCAUCACCUUAUCCGGACCUCGUUGAAAUAUCCCUUGUAUAGGUCCAAAUUGAGAUAACUUUAAACAAAAAUAUUUUAGGUAGCUUUUGGUGGGUGGAACAAGACUAAGAUUGGAUGCAACUGGAUUCUAUGAAGAGCUUUGGUGAGGAUGGAAAAGUGGUUAUUGACCAAGUCAGAUGAGACUAAAUACUAGAAUUGUAGUCCCACCCGAAAGGAACACAAUAGAACAAAAACUUUUGAAAAAAGUACCCUCUAUUUUCUUUCUCAUUAAUUAAUUCUUCCUAUAAUAUGCUUUCUUUCUUCACCGCACUUGCAUAUAUUUGUAUUUCUCC